AUGGCGUCAUUGGUCAAUUUGCCUGGCGAGCUGCACCAUCUCAUAUUCUCCCACUUUUCCACGGACACGAGAACUCCCGAUGGCGGUGAGAGCGCAGAGUUCGGACAAAAUCGCGCGGGCAUCCACACUUUAACCCUUCUCUCACGGACCUGCCGCGGUCUCAACCACGCCGUCAAGCCAUACCUCUACGCGGAAGUCAAUCUUGGGUCACAAAGCAGCCGGAAGCUCGUUGCCUUGCUGAGACACUUCGUCAACGACCCAUACUCGGGCAGCUGUGUUCGAUGGGUGCGUAUUGACUGGGAUGACCUCCUUUGCCAGAAAUUCGAUUGCAGUGAUCAAGAAGCCAACUUUCUUGCCGACGUGGCAAGAAGCCUUCAUUUAGAUGUACCGCCGGCUCCGCCUUGGUAUUCUGCAGACUGGAGAAAUGGCUUCUUGGCGGGCAUGGUGCUUCUCAAGUCGAGCGGUGUUGAACUUGUGGAUAUCGAGGGACACAAUCAAAGUUUCUGCUCUAGUAUUCCAGAACAGUCCCCCCGGCCCGAACUUCGACAAUUCAGACAAUUCAAUCAUGCAUGGCAUACUCGGACAACCAAAUCCACGAGAGAUUUGCACCGCCUCAUUAAUCUUUCGCCGCAUCUCCAAGGUUUCCGAUCAGCUAAGUAUCCUGUGGCGAAUCCGGAUGAGAUUAAUUGGACUGAAGUUACCAGCCUGGUUCUGGAAGAAAACGAGAAUUGCGGCGGGGCUCGUGUAACGACAGACGGAAUUGUCUUCGUCGUGCGAUCAUGCCAGAAGCUCCAUGAUGUUCGGAUCAAGCCGAAAGAUCGUGGAGGCCCUGCCCCAAUUAUCGACGCUCUUCAGACAUAUCAUAAGGACACCCUGAAAAGGCUUACACUUGUUUCAUUCCCUUCCGAGGAAACAAACCUGGAUAUCUCAUUCAGUGCGUUCAAUGCACUCGAAGUUCUCGAAAUUCAUGGGAACAUUUGCAGACCUGGGUUCGCCCUAAAAGAUCUCCCUCAUUCACUACGGGAGCUGCGAUUGGACGGUGAUUUCCAUGGCGUUCGGGAAGACUUCGAAAUCUUUACUUCAGAGUUCAUUAAGGGGUCGUAUCCCCAUUUCGAAACGGCCGGAUUUCAGCCUAUGUAUUCAUGCUCUCAUGAAAAUUGCCCGUUCAUGUUGGAUGGCCAUGUAAUUGUUGAGGAUAUGAUCCAAUACAGAGAUUGGCAUUUUGACCAGGCUGAAGCCGAAGAAUACGAAGGCGGGAAAUGCAGGACGCAAUGGGAGAUAAUCUACGGGCUUGUCAAUGCGGGAGUUAACGUCUGGGUUGAUUAA